AGCGAGAAAACUGCACAAGGUGAAGAGAGAGAGAGAGAGAGAAUGGUUGAGUGCAGGCCUCUCGGUUUCUUGAUCGGUUUGCCCUUCGCAUUCCUGUCGUUGCUUCUUGCACUGGUCGGGGCCGUCGUUUGGAUAAUUGGGACGGCGAUUAGUUGUUUAUGUCCAUGCUGCGCAUGCUUUGCCUGGUUGGCCAGCCUUGCAGUUCAUCUCUUAAAGAUCCCCCUCAAUGUCAUUCGGUUCUUCAUCGAUCUGAUUCCUUGUUGACACCACCACCAUGUCCUCGUCUCUCGUCAUUAUUAUGUACCCUUUCUUCAUAUAGCAUGUUCUA